UUGGAAUUUCAAAGCACUUUUUAUGCCUACAGCACCUCCCGGUUUCUACCUGGGAUUCACACACCCUCAUGAAAAACUCUCCCUCCUUUCAGCUUCUUUUAAUAGAAGUUGAUUAGUGUCUACUGGGCACAUUACUGAACAGAGACACCAGCCAGGUUUGAUUUUACUCCCGAUUUUAUUAAUAAGAAGCUAUCUGCAUCCUUGUUACAAGAUGAACAUGAAUGGUGUGAUGAAAAUGAUCUGUUUGAUGUCAUUGCUGUCCAUCUGGUUGCAGACUGGAGAAGGUCAGAUUUUCCAGCCUGAGCUUACACCUAAUGCUUUUCUAGCCAAUGUCACCAGCAAUACAGUGAUACUGAAACAGCCGUAUUGUGUAUUUGACCAGACGUGCCUUGGCUGUGAGAUAUGGCUGGCAGCUGGGCUGUGCUCCGCAAACGGCAUCUUUGAUGCUCAAGUGAACAGCUCAACUCCCAACAUCCUCGGCUUGUCACCCUACCCAACAGCAUUCAACCCAUCAUCAAAAAACUUCUUUCUGACCAGAGUUGGACUUCUGUCAGAUUUCCCCUGUAGUCAGUCCUCCAAUGAUCGCUACUUCGUAGUCGGAGCUGAUGGGCAAUGUAGUGGCAUCAACUGUAAUGGUGUACUUCCUGAUGGACUCCCCGUCUGUUUCAAGUAUCUUCUAAUCAAUACUAAUGGGAAUCUUGUUAAUUCGUCGAACUGGUCCGUCAACAUCACUCUCCCCAAACUACUAAACCAUCAAACCAUCAAUGAUGGUCUGAGUGCGAGAUCUGGUGCCAUGGUUGUGAUUACUGCCAUCCUAUGUGCGGCAGCGGGUCUGCUUUUACUUCUUUUCUUCAUUAUGUUAUGCAUAACCUGCUGUACCAAGAAAGAAAGUAAGCAAAUCUCAGUCACGGACUCAAUCCGUAUCCCCCGCUAUGACACCCACGACCUAAAGGAGCACGUGCACCCGUACGACAACCCUGCUUACCAGUCGGACUUGAAAAAUUACUCCACAGCCAAAACUCUGCCCAGGGACGGCGCCAAACAAAAGCUGUGAGCUACUACUGAAGCCACCAUCACUGCACUGCAUAUUUCACGGGAAACCAAAUUACUAUGCAGUAUUUUCUCUUUCAAUAUGUUACAAGGCGAAAUUGAGGACAGGAAGUGGACUUGAAAUUAACUCAUCAACAAUAGGGCACUUACAUCAUGCAUAUGUUACACUGCUGUUUGGCAUCAGAACAUUGUUUCAUGUGUAGUAUCAAACUAGAAUAGUUGUGUUUUAUGUUUAUUUUUUAGCCAUCAUUGGCCUCAUUAUUGUUUGUGAUCAACGGAAAAGACAGGACAGGACUACACUACCCUGACUACAACAGUGCAUGGUCUUCAAUCCAACACACAUCUGCACAUUCAGCAUGUCUCCCUUAUUUAAAACACCUGAUUCAGAUCAUCAGCUCAUAAGAAGAGAGCUCCAUGAACUGAACUGAGUGUGCCAGAUAAGAGAGACAUACAAAAUGUGCAGAGCAGUGGGUCCCAAGGAACCAGAACUGAAAACCACUUGACUUCAACAAGCAAAUUCACUAGAUGGCGGUGUUUAGUAAAUAAGGAAAUGUGUGGGAGAGCGACAGUCAUACUUUAGUUAUUUACUAGUGCAGUGUUUUCCAACCUUCUAUGUCUUAAGGGUCAGAUAGGCUUAAAUAACCUUUAAUGAACAUUAAGCCAGGUGGAUUUGUUUCUUUUAACUCAUAUUAUAUUGUAUAUCUUUCAUUAUUAAUAUUCUUAAAACACAUAUUAUAAAAAACAAAAAAAAAGUUAAGUAGGUAAAAAAUACUUUCUUCUUCAUGUUUAAUCAGGAUUAGUCAUUUAUUAGUUUUCAGCUGUGUAUGUGCUGUAAGUUUACAAAGCAGUUUAUUCUGGUCUAGGCCACAUCCUAGACUGUAAUUCUCCCUCUUGUCCUGGGAAACAACACAAGAUGAUUAUAAUGCUUUAAUGGCAAACUUGAGGUUAGUUGUACUGUACAUUUUAUUGAAAUGCAAGAAAAAGACAGUGGACCCUUUUCAAAAGACUGCGAUGAUACAAAAAUAAAAAAAUACAAAUACA